UUCUUGAACGCACGUCUUCCUCUCAUGUCUUCUUAACACCACCCUUUUUUUAGCACCUUUUUUUCGUUGAACCGAAGCUUCUACCUAGUGGGUUUUCUUUGCUUAAAUCUCUUUGUUUGCUAACUAGCUAGGUGGUGGUUCUGGCCUUGUCUUGUCAUGCUAGCUGCCAUCUGGGUUUUGCCACUGUUGAUGUCUUUGGCCGUUGCUGUGGUUACCAAUUGCAAAAGCAUGGGUUUUGAUGACAAAUGCAAUGACGGUGCAGAUGUUCCUGAAAAGCAGCAUGUUGAGAAAACGGUGAAUGAUGUUGAAACUGGCGAUGAACAAGGGACUAGUCUCAGUAGACACAUGAGCGAAGGUUCCAUUGCUGCCACAGAGGAUGAAGAUGAGGACGUGGACAAGAAGAUUGACUUGGGUCCCCAGUUCACUUUGAAAGAGCAGCUCGAGAAAGAUAAGGAUGAUGAGAGCUUGAGGAGGUGGAAGGAACAGCUUCUUGGAAGUGUCGACAUAAAUUCUGUUGGGGAAUCUCUCGAACCAGAAGUGAAGAUCCUGAGCCUUGCAAUCAAGUCUGCUGGUAGAGAUGAUAUUGUUCUUCCAAUACCAGAGACAGGAAAUCCUGAAGGGUUGUGGUUUACUUUGAAAGAAGGUAGCCGUUACAGGCUAAUGUUCACCUUCCAGGUCAGCCAUAAUAUCGUUUCAGGUCUCAAAUACACCAACAGUGUGUGGAAAACUGGUCUAAAGGUUGACAGCACUAAAGAGAUGAUUGGAACAUUCAGCCCUCAAGCUGAGCCUUACACGCAUGAAAUGCCCGAAGAGACAACACCAUCUGGUUUAUUUGCUAGAGGGACAUAUUCGGCUAGAUCUAAGUUUGUUGACGAUGACAACAAGUUGUACUUGGAGAUCAACUACACUUUUGAUAUUCGGAAGGAAUGGCUUUAG